UCCUCGGCCCGGCCCGCCCUGCCCGCCGGCGACAUGUCCACCGCCAUGAACUUCGGCAGCAAAAGCUUCAAGCCGCGGCCGCCGGACAAGGGCGCCUUCCCGCUGGAUCACUUCGGGGAGUGCAGUGCCUUCAAGGAGCGGUUCAUGGAGUGCCUCCGCGACAGCGGCUACGAGAGCGGUGCCUGCCGGCAGCGCGCCAUGGCCUACCUGGAGUGCCGCAUGGAGAGGCAACUUAUGGCUAACGAACCACUGGAAAAAUUGGGAUUUAAAGAUCUGAUAGAUGAGAAAUCAGAAGCAAAACCUGAAAAGUUGUAAUGAAGAAAGACAACGUCAAUCCUCAUGUAUGGAAGGCAUAACUCUUAUGUAGUACAUAUUGUACGUUUUGUUCAUAUUGCAAUAGGUUCCUGAAGGAACCUUUUUUCAAAGUUUAAUUUUCCUAAAAUAAGAUUUUUUUUUUUUUAAAUGAGCAAAAGUACUGCCUUUGUCUACUUCCCUCAAGUAUUUCCUAACUUUUUCCCUUUAAUUUCUCUAGCCUACUCUUAAAGAUCCAUAAGAACAUUUUGCCUGGGAGAAAACAAUUAUUGCCUCAAGUAUUCUCCAUGUCUCUGUAAGAACAGUGAAGUCUUACUUUAAAAAGACAAAAAAAAACCCCUUUAUUGUGUAGAUCUUGAACUAUAGAUAAAUCUUAUGUCAGCAUUACUAAUAUGCUUAGAGCAAUUACUUGUCAGGUGGAAAUAAAGCUAUUGUGGUACUUGCAAAUUGCUUUUUAUUAAAUACUGGUAUAAAUUCCCAUCUUUGGGGUUAUCUCCUCACCCUGCUAUAGAAAACACUUGGGUACUGGGGUGCGGGUUUUUUUUCAGUCUUUUAACCUUCAUCAUUGUUGGGAGAGUAUUUCUAGUUCCAGACACCAGUCAGGUAG